AUGGAGUUCCUGGAGCGCCUGCCGUACUUCCCGUACCAGAUGGAAGAACACAAGCGGACGCCUGGCAUAGCGCGUGCGCGGAUCUGCGACCUACUACUUCUGGCCGAUCUGGAGUUCUUCGAGAAGGAUGCGAACGCAAGCCUGAACCACGUGGUGAGAAGGAUGAUGCACGCGGUCGCGCAGGCCGAUAUCAUAUUCAGGAACGCCGACUUUGACGAGGACGGGGUGCCUGAUAAUAUUGGUUUUUCAGUGAAAUACAUCCUAGUGCUAACGUCCGAAGACACCAACAUGCGGGUAUUCGGCGAACUCCUGAAGGAGCACUCCAUCGACGGUCGCGAUUACCUGAUGCGGUUCGCUCGGCUGCGGCGCCUAUCAGAAGUCUGUCUCGGAGUCGCCUUCUCAGGACACGCCUUCCAUAAUAGGACGCUUGGGUUGAGCUUCACCUCCCUCGGUGGCGGCAUGGGCGGCGCAGCGGGCGGGCUGUGCGACCGGCGCGCUUACGGGCGCUCCUUCAACACACUGGCCAUCGCCCACGCCACGUCUGAUGAAAAGGAGCGCGUGCCAGAGAGGAUAGCCGCUUUAACCUUGGCGCAUGAGAUGGGCCACAGUUUCGGCGCCCACCACGACGACAAUUUCCCAAACCCGGAGUGCCGCGGAUACCUCAUGGGCUCGCAGUCCACCGCGGCUGAUAGUGGCAUGAACUUCGAAUUCUCUAUGUGCAGCAAGCGGCUCAUAGCUGCCACUCUGAGCAGCAUGAGCUACUGCCUGUCAGAGGAAGACAGGCCUUAUUGCGGUAAUGGUAUUGUGGAAGAAGGCGAAGCAUGUGACUGCGGUCUCCCAUCACGGUGCAGCCACAGAGACCCUUGCUGCACCCCGCGAGCUGGCGGAGCGCUGGUUUUUGAUGAGGGAGCCCUACAUAAAGAAGGCUGCUCAGUGGCGCCCUCUGCGGUGUGCCACCCCUCCCAAGGACUGUGCUGCAACUCCAAGUGCCAGUAUGCGGACCUCUCGAAUAGCGGUAUUGACUGCAAACGGCAAGAGAGUGAAUGCACAUGCGUGAGCGAGGCCACUGAGUGUCGCUGCGGACUCAACGGGCGUUGCUUCGAGGACGGUAGCUGUCAUGCGGCCGAGUGCGCCAUAUUGGGGCUGCGGGAGUGCCCCUGUCCGAAGAAGGGACCGGUAUGACACUUUUUCCAGGGUGGCACAAUCGGUUCCCUAAACAUGUGUAGCAUAUGCUGCGAGUUGAACCGCACCGUGGGAGAGAACGGAGGCCUGUGCAUGGGAGCGGAACUGGCCGCCAGAGAGCUGGUGGCUAUUGGCACAAAGCUGCCCGAAAACUGGCCGGACGAGGACUAUAGAGGACCAAACGUGUCAAUCCGCCUGUGCAAGAACGAGCAGUGCAAAAUAGCGGAGCUUCGCGCGUGGACGCCGGGAAGUGCGUGCGUCACGCGUAACGCAGUCGGAGUGUGCGCACCUCGAGGAGUCUGCAAGCAGAGCUACCUUACACCACGCUCGAACAUCUACCCCGACAUUAUGAGAGUAAAAUUUUUGGAUCAACGUAGAAAAUCUUCAACAUGCUGGCGGCCAUCGACUAUGCAUUGCUUAAUACCAUUUGCUCUAACCAUGAUUGUUAAGUGA